UUGCGCUGCUAGUGCUACGACAAGUCCGCCCACAAGUGGGUCACUCGUCACGCCCAUCUCAUUCCGUCGCAGCGCCGUUGCGGACGCAGCCACGCAGGCUUCAGGCGCAGCGCAGGAGGCAGGAGCUCGCCCUCCCCGCCUUGCCUUUGCGUGCUUCCACCUCGUCAGCCACCGCCGCCGCCGGCUCGGGCGCCGGCCGCCCGCCCGCUCUUCCUGGCCCAGCGCCCCUGCACGUCUGCCUGCCUGCCGCCGCCGCCGCCGCCGGCGAUCGCGGGCGGCCGCCCCAACGGGCCGAGGUUAUAGAGCAAAAGAGGUGCUGGUAUCUUACUCCGCUGCUGGUUAUGCUAUCUGCUUAUGACUUCAGUUUCUGGAAAUUCUCCCAGCUCCUUGCCCCUGGUUGGUAAAGUUUUGUAAUAACUGCUGCCCUGACUGUAAAAGACGCAACUAUGCGUCUUUCUUCUUCUCUUCAAGAUCUGCCAACCUUCACUAGAAUUGAUGCUUUGGAAAGGGGCUCUAGUGUUGGCAGUGAUCUGAGCUCAGGGCGUGCAAAACCUGUCCGCAUGCUUCAAAGAGACGGUGCUGUGGCAAGCUUUUCAAAAGAAAGAACACCCCCAUCAUCACCAACAAAUAGAAAGAAAUGCAUGAGAGCAGCCGGAUGUGCUAUUUCACUGAUCUUAUUGGUGUUCUUUGCAUAUGGUUCUUGGAGAUAUUUCCAUGUAUUCCUCUCUGAAGGAAGCUCUGAAUACUAUGUGGUUCUUGAUUGUGGCAGCACUGGUACAAGAGUUUAUGUCUAUGAAUGGCAUAUUAAUCAUAAUGACGCAAAUGCAUUUCCUAUUGUUUUGAAACCUUUAGGGAAUGCUCCUAAGAAGAAAUCUGGUAAAUUAACCCGACUAUAUCAGCGAAUGGAGACAGAACCUGGAUUGAGCAAGCUUGUUCACAAUGAAUCCGGAUUGAAGAAGGCAAUAGAGCCCCUUCUUCAAAUGGCUGAGAAACUGAUCCCUAGACAUGCACACAAACACACUCCACUUUUUCUAUAUGCUACAGCUGGUGUCCGCAAGCUACCUAGUGCAGAUUCAGAGUGGCUCCUUGAUAAGGCCUGGGAUAUUCUGAACAAUUCAUCAUUUUUAUGUAGUAGAGACAAAGUCAAGAUCAUUAAUGGCAUGGAUGAAGCUUAUUAUGGAUGGAUAGCUCUUAACCACCACAUGAAUAUGUUUGGCACCUCAUCAUCUAAAAUGACAUAUGGUUCACUUGAUUUAGGUGGAUCAUCAUUACAGGUUACAUUUGAGAAUGAUAAAUCAGUGCAGGAUGAGACAAGCAUUCGUCUGAGUAUUGGUUCAGUUGAUCAUCACCUUAGUGCUUAUUCUCUUACUGGUUAUGGGUUAAAUGAUGCAUUUGAUAAAUCUGUAGCACAUCUAGUGAAAAGGUUGGGAGGAGCAGCUAGUAAUGGCAAGGUUCAAGUCAAACAUCCCUGUCUACAGACUGGAUACAAAGAAAAUUACACUUGUUCUUACUGCCACCCAUUAAAACAAGAUGGAAGUCCCAGUGUUGGCGAGAAGAACACUGGCAAAGAGAAGCAGGGAAUAGCUGUUGAACUGGUUGGAGCACCUCAGUGGAAUGAAUGCAGUGCUCUUGCAAAAGUAACAGUCAAUCUUUCUGAAUGGUCCAGUGCAAGUCCAGGUCUUGAUUGUAACAUUCAUCCUUGUGCUCUUGCUUCUAACUUUCCCCAACCACAUGGGCAGUUUUUUGCUAUGUCUGGCUUCUUUGUGGUUUUUAAAUUUUUUAAUUUGACUGCUGAUGCGUCUCUAGUUGAUGUUCUAAAAAGAGGUCAGGAAUUUUGUGAAAAACCAUGGAAAGUUGCAAAGAGUAGUGUUCCUCCACAGCCUUUUGUAGAACAAUAUUGCUUCAGAGCUCCUUAUAUUGCAUCACUACUGAGAGAGGGAUUGCAGAUUAAAGAUAGUCAGGUGGUAGUCGGCUCUGGCAGUAUUACUUGGACUCUCGGAGUUGCUUUGUUGGAGGCUGGUCAGGCAUUAUCUUCACGACUAGAUAUUCAAGGAUACCGAAUACUGGACCGGGAGAUAAACCCAAAUAUUCUCAUAGUAUUGUUUCUUAUUUCAAUUGUGUUGGUCAUAUGUGCCAUACUGUGCGUCAGCAAUUCAAUGCCAAGAUCAUUCCGCAAGUCUUAUCUGCCACUUCAUAGGCAUAAUUCUGGAGGCAGUUCUGUUCUUGGUAUGGGAUUGCCUUUCAAACAUUUGUGGAAUCCCAUUAGUUCAGGUGAUGGAAGAACAAAGACACCACUGAGCCCUACUGUUGCUGGGUCAGAUCCUCAUCCAUUUGGUAUGAGCCAUGGAUUAGGAGGCAGCAGUGUUCAGCUUAUGGAGUCCUCGAGGCAAUCCUUGGGUGCCUAUCACAGCUAUUCUGUUGGGAGCUUAGGUCAGAUGCAGUUUUCCAGUGGUGUGCGAGGUCAGACUACACUUCAAAGCCGGAGGUCGCAAUCAAGAGAAGAUCUCAUUUCUUCACUUGCUGAUAUUCAUGUUCCAAAAGUGUAGCAUUGCAUCACAGAAUGACGACUAGAAUGAGAUCCUAUAUGCCAUAACAAACUCUGUAAAUAAUAGCUCCAGAGUUCAAACUGCUUGAUUUCUUCUCUAAUCAGAAGUCAAUUUUGUCGGUCCACUGACACUUCAAUGAAGUUUAGGAUCCAUAUAAAUGAACUUAUGACUUGUGCCUAUCCUGGACAUGAUACAUCCAUUCAUACCAUUGUAUGUGCUCAAGAACAUACCAUAACAGUGAAGUUCUAGUAGUGUACCGGAAGAUAUAUUUAUGCCGUUCACCAGUCUGGUUGACCGUGGCUACAACCUGCAAGUUUGUAGACCGAUUGUGCUGCAGUCAGGCAUGUUUUUUUUUCUACUGAGACAUAAUAAAGGUGCAUGUGGUCUCAUGUAUUGUUGUACCCUCUAGCUGUAGUGGCUCUGUGAGCCUCCUCUUCUUUCCUGAAAUGCCUUUUGGUAGGCCACCUUGUGAUAUGAAUUGAAAUCAUGAAACAGAAACACUGACAUCAGUUCUACUGGAUUAUCCAAUUGCGUCCUGUGCAGACACAUUUAUUGA